AUGAAAAUGCUAAAGACUUCACAUGCCGCAAAAUGGAUUCUGAGAAAUACGAGAGUAUCAAGCGAAAGUCUCACACAGUCAAUAAAACUUCAUUUGAUCACAGAAGCUUGUCCAUUGUGGAUGUCAACUCCCGAGCAAUGCCCAUUCCCUGAUCCCUAUUGGGCAUUCUAUUGGCCAGGUGGGCAGGCUUUGACAAAAUUCAUUCUCGAAAACCCCCGAAACAGUGAAAAAUUAUUCUUAGCUUCUGCGAUUUCUGGUGCUAAAGCGAUUCUCGCUAAUGACAUUGAUAAAAAUGCUUUAUUAGCAACUCUACUCAAUUAUCGAUUAAAUCGAAUUUCUCUCUCAAAUACGGAAUUUUCCUCUAGAAACUUCGUUGAUGAUGCUGGAGUCGAGGAGCUCAGAAAGUUUUUCAAAGAUCCCGAAAAAUCUUUGAUUUUACUUGGCGAUAUGUUUUAUGACAGCGACUUUGCCAGUACGGCUUUCAAAUGGCUCAAGAAGCUCAAACACUUGACAGGAGCGAGAGUUCUCGUUGGUGACCCGGAUCGACAUCCUUUAGCUGAACAACAGUAUUUGGACAGAUAUGAAACAAAAUUCACGAAGAGGUUGCUCACCGAAUAUUCCUUACCAGGCUAUGUCACACGGGAACAUUACGGCUUCGCAACUGCAAAAAUUUUGGAAAUAGAUUUUAGA